UGUGUUUAUGUGUGCGAGUGCGAGACAGUGAGACUGGAGAUAGAGCUAAAGAGAGGCAGCCUUUCUUUCUCCUCACCCUCUCCUCCUCAGUCCUCUCUCUCUCUCCCCGCUGCUACCGAGCUAGCCAGCUUAUAUUGCUCCUCCUCUCUCUUCUCAGUUCUCAUCUUCUUCUCCUCUUCCUCCUAGCUCUCUCCCUGCUGAGCUAGAGCUUGUACGAGAGAGAUAGAGAGAGAUCAGAGAGACUGGGACUUGGCCGUAUAUGGCUUUCCUUGUGGAGCGGUGUGGUGAGAUGGUGGUGUCGAUGGAGAGCUCGCACCAAGCGAAGCCGGCGCCGGCGCCGUUCCUGACCAAGACAUACCAGCUUGUGGACGACCCCUGCACCGACCACAUCGUGUCGUGGGGCGAGGACGACACCACCUUCGUCGUCUGGCGCCCGCCCGAGUUCGCCCGCGACCUCCUCCCAAACUACUUCAAGCACAACAACUUCUCCAGCUUCGUCAGGCAGCUCAACACCUAUGGCUUCAGGAAGAUAGUGGCUGACAGAUGGGAGUUCGCCAACGAGUUUUUCAGGAAGGGAGCCAAGCACCUCCUCGCCGAGAUCCACCGGAGGAAGUCGUCGCAGCCAGCGCCGACGCCGCUGCUACCGCACCAGCCCUACCACCACCACCACCACCAUCUCCAUCACCACCACCUCAACCCCUUCUCGCCGCCGCCCCCGCCGUCCACUCAUCCGGUGUACCACUUCCAAGAAGAGCCCGCCACCGCGCACGGUGUUCACGGCGGAGGCAACGACGGCGGCGGCGGGGACUUUUUAGCGGCGCUGUCGGAGGACAACCGGCAGCUGCGGCGGCGCAACUCGCUGCUGCUGUCGGAGCUGGCGCACAUGAAGAAGCUCUACAACGACAUCAUCUACUUCCUGCAGAACCACGUGGCGCCGGUCACGAGCCCCUCGUCGGCGCAGCUGCCGGCCAGCGCCAGCGCGGCAUCCUCCUGCAGGCUGCUGGAGCUGGACCCGGACUCCUCCUGGCCGACGCCCGGGGACGCCGACGGCACGGUGAGGCUGUUCGGCGUGGCGCUGCAGGGCAAGAAGAAGCGGGCGCACCGGGAGGACGGCGACGACGACCAUGACCAGGGAAGCGAGGUCUAGACCGCCGGUUUGCCUUCGUGUACAUAUAGAGAUCAGAGAGGAGUAGCUCGAUCGAUCGCUAGCUCGCUAGCUAGGCUUGGUUAAUUUCUUCUGAGCACGUACUGAAAUUAAUCUGCGAGGUGCAAGUGUUCAUUAGUCCGAGAGUUAAACUAACUAGCUAGGAUGCAUGCAUGCAUGGAUGAUGAAUCAAGUCAAAUAAUUUUUUCUUCUUCUUCUUCUUCUUCGUGCACGGCCGCCGCAUGGGAUGGGAGGCACACUUUGUUCCCUGGCUCAUUUUAUUUUUUUUUAGGGAAAAGACUAGUUGCUAAAUG